AUGUCCUCCUCCGCGGCCCGCCGCGUCGCCCAGCUCAACGCUCACCUCACGGAUGCGCCCGUCGACCAGAUCCAGCGCUUCCCCACCGCCGCGAGGAAAUCUCCGGACGACAUCGUCGUGGUCUCCGCGCUGCGCACCCCGAUCACGCGCGCCAAGAAGGGCGGCCUGAAGGACACCCCCGCCGACGACCUCGUCGCCACCCUCCUCAAGGCGACCGUCGAUCGCACCGGCCUCGACGUCAACGACGUCGGCGACGUCGUCGUCGGCUCCGUCCUGGGUAACUCCUCCCAGCGCGCCAACGAGUGCCGCAUCGCCAUGUUCCUCGCGGGCUUUCCCCAGGAGGUUCCCGUGCGAACGGUGAACCGCCAGUGCUCGUCUGGGUUGCAAGCGUGCGCCGACGUCGCCGCGGCCAUCAAGGCGGGAUACUACGACGUGGGCAUCGCCGCGGGCGUCGAGACGAUGACGUCCAACCCGAUGAAGUGGGAGGGGGGCAUGAACCCGCGCGUCGCGUCGUCCUCCGACGCGCAGUCGUGCCUCAUCCCGAUGGGGGUCACGUCGGAAAACGUCGCCGAGCGCUGGGAAAUCACGCGAGAGCAGCAGGACACCCUCGCGGCGCGAUCGCACGCCAGGGCCGCCGCCGCGCAACGCGACGGACGCUUCGACUCGCAGAUCGUCCCGGUUCGAACGCAGUGGAGGGACCCGAAGACGGGCGAGGUGUCCAGAAUCGUCGUGGACAAGGACGACGGGAUUCGAGAGGGGACGACGACGACGACGCUCGCCAAGUUACCCGCGGUUUUCAAAAAAGGCGGCUCCACGACGCCCGGGAACGCGUCGCAGGUGUCCGACGGCGCGGGAUGCGUCGUCCUCGCCAAACGCUCGUACGCGCUGGCCAAAGGUUUGCCAAUCAUGGGACGGUUCGUGUCCUUCGCGGCUGUCGGGGUGGACCCGAAGGUGAUGGGCAUCGGCCCCGCGGUGGCCAUCCCCGUCGCGAUUGAAAAGGCUGGUUUACGAUCCGUCGCCGACGUCGACCUCUUCGAGCUCAACGAGGCGUUCGCGUCGCAGGCGACGUACUGCGCGACGAAGCUCGGGCUGGACGUCGAGAAGGUGAACGUCAACGGCGGCGCCAUCGCGCUCGGGCACCCGUUGGGCGCGACGGGCGCUCGAUGCGUCGCGACGCUCAUGCACGAGAUGCAACGCCGCGGCGCGCGCAACGGCGUGGUGAGCAUGUGCAUCGGGAGUGGCAUGGGCGCCGCGGGGGUGUUCGAGCUCGAGGCGUGAUGAAUGAGACGUACGAUGUGUUUUGUUUGUUCGCGUGUUUUGUUUGUCGCGGAGUCGCCCGCGGAGAGCCGCCGGGAGUGACACGCGACGAAGACGCGGACCGAACGAAACGAACGCGUGUGAAUAGACAAUGAAACGAUUUCAUCGAAGGUACGAAUGUACCAAGGUACCUUU